AUGGUGCUUACUCGGAUCGACAGCUGAUCGGGGGCUCAUCACGUGCAAAGAGAUCGAUUGUACAGCACACAACACUCUCGGGCCAAAGCACGCGCGACUGUACACCGUCGACGGACAUCAUGUCCCUCGUCGCUGAUCAAGAGUGGGUCCAUCCCAUGCCAUUGUACCGUGCACGUCUGACCAUCAAGCUCACUCCCUUUCUCACGCCUACCGCGAAUCAGCUACUUCAUCCAUGCCCUGCGACUAUCGUACCUACGCCAUGUCCUGCCCGCGCACGCGCCACAUGCCUCCUCGAUCCCCGGUACAGGGUCCUACAACCUCAUAGCCUUCGACCCCACCACGCUCCAGACCUCACCCUACAUCGUCGCUUCGAGGACCCAUGACCAUGCGCUCUGGCCCGAAUUGUCGAACGGGAGAUCGAGCCCCCCACUCGCUUCGACCUUGGCUAGAUCCGCCGCGGCGAGUGCGGUCCAUAGUCCCGAAUCCGGCGAAAUGGGGAUGGGGAACGACUCGAGACGAAGAGGCGCAACGGGCCUGAACUACAAGGAGACUAUUUAUGGGAAGUCUGGAGCGGGCACAGGACCGGGGAUGAGCGUGGGUGGCAGGCAGCGUUCGACUCGAGGUAGGAGAGCAACGACUCAGGUCGCGCCGAUGGAACCUAUCGACAAGGGUGACGAUUCGGUGGACCUGGUCGACACGGUCGGAGCUCAUAGUCUGAGGCGAGUUGCAAAUGCUUUUGUUCCGUGCGGCUGCAUCUGCUGACCAUCCCCGACCGGAUCUUCGGAGCAGACGAAGCCGUUCUCUUGAAGCCUCCCUCCACCGACGCAGGCUCGAAGAAAACACCUUGCACAACCCUACCCAUCCCCAGCAACAAGCCUCACCACCACCCGUCGUGAUCCACUCCCCUGUAGCCACCCCUUACGGCUCAAGGACGAAUCGCCAUUCCGAAUCGUCCCUUUCCGGUCAAAUCUUGGUCCCCGCUCAUCCUGAUCAGGUCUACAGUUCUCAAUUGUCGCACAUCGCUCCUGCUUCGCCGGAAUCCGAUCGUAUUGCCAGCCCUCCUGGGGUCGAAGCCGAUCUACCCAGCCCGAUACGGGUAACGAGGUUCGCCAUCGACGAGCUGGCCGAUUCGGGCGGCGAUCUCCAGCAAGUCGACGCACCCCAUCUUCAGUCGACGAGCGAGACGGCACUCGUCCCUUCCCUGGAGGAUGCUGGAUCCGAGUCGGUGGGCGACCUCUCGUUGUCUUCGACGGGACCGCGCAACGCGAGUGUCGCCAGCUCGGGUGUUUCACUCUUUGGUACCUCGAGGUUGGGCUCGAACGACGGGAUCCUCGGGCCUAGAGAUCGAAGUGAUAGCGACUCGUCGUUCCCUUCACCGGCUCCACCUGAGACACCUGCCAUGCACGACUUCAACAAGGCCGAUACUUUCUCCCAGGUGAUCCCGCCGAUCUCGCCGCCGCCGCCUCCCCGCUCACCCUACCCGAGUUCCCCCACCGCUCCCGCCCCUGUUCCGUUGUCACCCACACCCACACCCGGAGCGGAGAAUCCAGCGCCUGGUCCACCACCGCAAUUCGUCAUUCCUGCGAGGUUCAUGAAGGCCCCGAGGGAACGAAGAAGGGUCAACAUCAGCGGCAGGGUCUUUGUGCCCAUGGCUGAACCAGUGCACGAAGAGGAUCCACCGACGGCGGCUUCGGUGGCCCCAGUAAUCGCAGUCCCAGAAUCUGACGAGAAGUCCAAACUGCCCGUCCUCGAGGUUCCAGAAUCGACAUCUCCAGUUGACACAAGGAAGGAAGGCAGUCUCAAUGUAUCACCUACGAUCGUACAGCGUCGGGGUUCCGGUCCACCUUCACUCAAGAUCGAUACAGCUCUGGCAUCAAAACCCGCUUCUGCGGCUUCGUCACCCAUCAUCGCCGCGACCGAGGCCAAUCCCAGAUUGAGUCCUUCUGCGAACCGUCGGGCGCAGCCGAUUCGACAACCCUCGACAGGGAUCACAUUCGGUAAACGACCUUUGCCUUCUCAAUCCUCUUCUUCAACCGCUGCGGCGUCCGCACCACCCGCGCGAUCGAAUUUGACCGCUCUACUCGGCGCGACCUCCGGUUCCGGAUCGGGUUCCAACCCUUUCUCACGAAUAUACGCAGCUCUCAUCUCUCGCGCCUCGGACGCGCUCAAGUUGUCCCUCUAUUUCCCCGAUUCGGACAAACCGAGCACACCGCUCAAAAUCGGGGUCAAGAAGGAUUUGACGGUAGAAGAAGUGAUCGGAGCGGGCUUGUGGGCUUAUUGGGAGGAAGGGAGGGAGCCCAAGUUGGAAGUUGAGGAGGAAGGCGAAGAGGAAGAGACGAUUCGGUGGAAUUUAAGGAUUGUGGAAGAGGAUGGGGAGGUGGAUGAGGACUUCCCUGGUGAGUUUUCAUUCUUUUCGAGACUCGGUGUUGGCAGGGUCAAUUUCAGGGUGAGAUGGGUGAAGCUUACACUUGAGAUUGGAUCUUCACAGCCCUCGAUCGGACUAGAGCGGUGUCCAAGUUCUCGUUUGGGGAGUUUGCGAUCGUCAAAGCUACUGGGAAUCAGGGUGAGUCCGGAGCCUACUCAGGACCAAGUUUGAUCUUGCUUGUAGCUGACCCUCCUGACCCUCUCGUUGUGCACUUUUCAUAGUCAAAGACAACCUCGCCAAACAAGCCACUAUCACCCGAAGACCGUCCCGCAUACUCGCCAAUCCAAACAUGGCGGCUCCGAAAGGUCCCACGAACAUGCUCGCUCUACAGCAAGGGCACCAGGUCGUCCCCAUGUCGCCGCUGAGCGGACCCCAACUGAGCGCGACCGCGGGUGUCUCGUCGACGCUCGCAAUUGGGGUCUUGUUGCGCAUCCGUUUACCUGCUGCACCAGGGCAGGGCGUCGAGUCGAUUAAUACGACCAUCAAUGUGCCUGGCGAUAUGUAUAUGAACGACGUGCUCGGUCAGUCCUAAUCUUCCUCCAGUCUAGUGCGUAGUCCGCUCCCUCUGAUCAUUAUUUCCCCACCCUUUCACUACCAUCCGCAGAACACGUCUGCAAGAAGCGCAACCUCGAGAACGCACGCGAAUGGGCCUUCACCGUCCGCCACCGCGGCUCCGAGAUCAUCGUCCCUCUCGAUCGUAUGGUCGAAAGUCUGGGUGAUAACCAUGAGCUCAAGUUGGUGCGAAGAACCGAGAUUGGUGGAUUGAGAGGCGCGGGUCAGAUUAAUACGCCGCUGGUGGGGGAGAUGAACCCGAGUGGUGAGUAUCGUAAGGUAGCGAUUGGAUGCUUGCCGGAGGAUUGUCUGCUCAUCUCAUUGUGGGCGUCUUUUCCAGCUUCGCUGUUCCGACGACCGGGUCAAGACGCGUACCAGUCCGCUUCCGAGUUGGCGGCGACGUAUCGUAGGUACAACGUAAUGCGCAAGUUGGGAGUCUUGGGUCGACAUCCACGAAUCAUCGCGAUCGAUGGAGACUAGUCAGUCCUUUCUUCUGUCUAUGAGUCCGCAGGGUCGGGCCACGUGCCAGGAGAGCUAAUUCCUUCUUGACCAUCGAAUCCUGUGCGUCUUUCACCCUACCAGCAUCCACUUCCUUCCCUCCGACUCGCGAGGUGACGUAUUCUCCGCCGGCCGCACCACCUCCUUCCACAUUUCGAUGCUCCGAGCCUGUCAAACCAGUCGUCGUUCGAACCUCGCCUUCAAGAUCGUCGUCCAAAAAGAUCGCGUGGAGAAGAGGUACGAUUUCGAAGCGGAGAGCGUCAAGCAGGCGCAUGAGAUCGUACAGAAUGUGAGGACUUUGAUGAAUAGUUAUAAGAUGGAGGAGUCGACGAGGCAACAGCAGUUACAGGGCGCGUUGAUGGGCGUCGUGGGGACCACGUGA